GAACGAGAAAACUCUUAUAGAUAUACUUUAAAAACACUUGUAAACUAGUGACAUGUCCUUCUUUCAGCACGGUAUCAAGAGCAGCAGUGUGUCUGUAUCGAGCGCCGGAACAUCCGGGUUCCUCAGCCAAGUACGUCAUGCUACCAAGAGAGCUGCAGGUUCAAGAACCAACAAGAAUGACUCUGCUGGUAGAAGAUUAGGUCCAAAGGCAUACGAAGGACACUUUGUCAAGCCUGGCCAAAUCAUCAUGAGACAAAGAGGUACCACCUUGCACCCUGGUGAAAACACGGAUAUUGGACGUGACCACACCAUCUUUGCCUUGGAACCAGGUUGGGUUAGAUUCUACUAUGAUCCAUUCCAUCCAUUGAGAAAAUACGUGGGUGUAGCAUUAACAAAGGAUACUCGUUUACCACUUCCUCAUUUUGAACCUAGAAUGCGUAGAUUUGGUUACGAGGAAAUUUUGGAUGCUGACAAGGCCAUUCAAGAAGAAGAACACAUGUCUAGAAAGGAAUGGAUGCAACAAUCAGAAUUACAAGCUGCUAAGGCUGAAUUAGAAGCACACCUUUCACAAAAAAGAGAAGAGUUUGGAGCUUCCAUCUCUGGUAAAUUUGAUGCUGAUUUGGAACUUGCUACUGACCGUAUGAUGAGCAUUUACCAAUUAGUCAACAAUGGACAAUCCAUCGAAGAAGCUCAAAUCCAAACCACUUAUAACUAUGUUUAUGACUUGAAGUUGGCCGUUCAAAGAGGUGAAGUCGAAGAAGCUGCAUCUAAGCUGUUAAAGGAAACUUAUGUUGAACUUUCUCGUAAGAUUGAUGAAACUUUCCUGAUUGAUGCUCAAGGAUCUAUUUGUGGAUAUAUCUCUCCAGAGGAUAAGUUGAAGGCACAGGAAGCUACCUUGAGCCAAUUAAAGUCUGAAUACAGCGGCAAAAUACUCAAAUUGGAAGACAAGCGUGCCAUUUUAGACUUGAUCCAAACCCCAGGUGUCUUUGGCAAGGAAGAACAAAACAAGUUGAAGAAACAAUUCCUUCCAUCUGUAUUGCCAUUGAGUGUGCAAGGUACUGUUAAGGAAAACUUAGACCCAAAGAACCCAGGUAAGGGAAUCACAGUAGUAAGGGUGUUUGACGAAAAGACCAAGAACGUGAAGGUGAUUGGAAGAACUAAGGAUGCCUUUGUUCCACAAUAGAGAAAGAAAUAAAGAAAAGAAGAUAGGAGAAGGAAGGAGGAUAGGGGAGAGUGAAGCCCCUUCACUUGUAUAUAAUACUAGAUACGAUAAUAAAGAGCAUUCAUAGCGA